GUCAAUUUUCCUUCGCCUGCUUGACUUUGAUGACGCGACAAAUACAAUUCAGCGUGAAGUAUUGUAUUAAGAUCUCAUUGGCGCGAAUAAUCGAGACAAAAUAGCGGCUGGUGAUGAGCGACUCUUGCUUUAACCCUGCUAUCUUCAUUUCCUGUUACGGCGUAGAAGACAAAGAAGAUUGCGAAGAUCCAGUGGGAUCAAUUUUCACUUUUUUUCAAAUAACGCCCGAAGCCUCAGUUCUGAUGUUUUAUAACUUUUUUCCGCUUCACGUGAGGCAUUCAUGUUAAAUUUGUCGCCAAUUUUUUUAUUUUUAUAAAGGCAGUUGUAUUUCUGUACCUCCUCCAUGAAUAAGUUGGUUUUUACCCCUCCGACCCCGCCAGACGCCAUGUUUUUGUGAUAGAAGGUUCUGGGAUGUGAUAGUAACUUACGCAAUGAACUCUGGGAUACAUUUUUGUCGCAACUGUCGCCUAGAGAGAAUUUUUUUAUAUCUCUGCGACAGUCGUUUCUUGUCGCAGCUAUCGCAACCGUCGCUCAACAGAGCGUUUCCAACAGCGUUUUUCGACGACAGUGGGGACAGUCGCGACUAUAUGGAGACCAGGCUGAAGUGUUUCUUAUCAAUUAACUCUUCUGUAAACAAAAAGUAUAAGUGCCAAUGUAGCACGUCCUUCCUCUGGCCAAUAAGAGCAAAGAUAAGCACGUGAUCAUUGAUGGCAAAACUAGACGUGAUUAGCAAAAGCGCUGCAGCCCUAUUUCUCGUUCAUUACCUGAGUGUUGGAUACUGUUAAAUGUCAAACAGCCAACCAUGGCAGACACAGGAAUGUACUUCUUCAUACCUUUGGCGUUUUUACUGCAACAAGUCAUUUUUACAUCAGGAACUUGUGGAGACCCUGCAUUGGGGAUGCAGAACGGCAACAUAUCAGAUAACAAAAUCACAAACGAACGUAGAGCUACAAUAGGCGAUCAGGCCAGGCUUGAUUACACGACCAAAGACUCAUGGUGCACGACGAGACUACCUGGCCCUUUCAUUCAGAUCGACCUGAGGACCCCCCACAUCAUAUGCGGCGUGGCUACACAGGGUAACCACAAGCAAGACCAGUGGGUGGAGAAGUUUUUGCUAAGAUAUUCAUCCGAUGAUAAUACCUACAUCGACUACAGGGAGAAUGGCCGAGUGCGGACAUUCUAUGGCAAUCAGGACCGUGAUGGGAAAGUCCAUCAGAUUCUGUAUAAUGAGAUCGUCGCCAGAUUUGUGCGCAUCAUUCCCCUGACCUUUCACGCAAGAGCUUGCAUGAGGGCCGAGAUCUAUGGAGUAAUAGUCACGCCAGCUUGUGGUAACCAAGCCAUUGGCGUGACAGACGAAAAAGUGAUCUCAGACGACAAGAUGACCGCGAGCUCUUAUCUCAGCGGUUUCAUGCCUAGCCGUGCGCGACUUCACGGUGCAGGCGCGUGGAAGCCCGGCAUUGGAGACUCUGGCCCCUGGCUUCAAGUCCACCUCGGCGCUAUGUAUCACGUGUGUGCUGUAGCCACUCAGGGGAGUCCCAAGGACGAGGCCAGGGCUCGUAACUACAUGACCAAGGUCUCCCCUGACGGGAACGCCUGGACGGAUAUAGAUGAUGUCAUGGCUGGGAAUCGAGACCGUAACGGCGUAGUGAAGCACCCCGUAUCCGCGGCCGCCAUGUUUGUCCGCUUUUACCCGCUGGAGAUAAGCUGGGCAUCGGCUUUGAGGGUUGAGAUCUACGGCGUCCAAACAGCAUGCUCGAACCCUCUUGGCAUGGAAGAUGGGCGCAUCCCGGACGACAAGAUCUCAUCAUCUUCCUCCAAACCCGCCUUCUUCUCAAGCAACGGCCGUCUUUAUGGAGCCUCGACCUGGUGCAAGGGUGACACGCUAGACGGCCAAUACAUACAAGUCGACCUUGGUCACGUGAUGACGGUGGUAGGGAUAGCCACACAGGGGGACCCCACGGGAGAUAACUGGGUGAUGAGCUACAUCGUGUGGUACAGCAUAGAUGAUAAAACGUGGAUUGAUUACAAGGAUCGGGGAGCCGCUAAAGUCAAGGUUUUUACCGGCAACGAGGAUCGGACGACAGUCAAGGUUAACUGGUUUGAUGUUCCUGUUGCUGUGCGCUACAUUCGAGUUUUCCCGGUGACCAGUCAAGGCUCAAGUUGUCUUCGAAUGGAACUCUACGGAUGUAAGAGCUAUAUCGCCCUGACUGUUGAUAGACUAAACGACUCGACCCUUCCUGCCAAGCCUGGGAGCCAAGUCAGCCUAGAUUGUACCGCACGUGGGUAUGGCGAGCAAAUGGACUUAGCGUGGAUUUGGCAGGACUUCGACAUCACGGUUCUAUCACGUGGUACUACCAGGACCUUCUCCCAGGCCACCUCUACUCUGCGGGUCAACUACACGGACGCGGAAGAUGUGUUUAAGAGCUUUUCUUGCCUAGCGCCUUCUCCAGGAGGAGAUAUACCGUGUAGUGUUACGUACAGUUGUUUUGCGUCCUACAAGGAAUUACCUGGGGGUACCAUGAAUAGUAGUGGGGUGUCAGUCAAGACCACACUCAGACUACCAGGCGUCCCAUACGGCCUCUCGUCACAUGAUGUUAAACCGCGAUCGAUAAUCUUCACUUGGAAAACGCCGGCGAAAAAAGACGGCGAAGGCUCCGUCACGUCUUACAAGCUGGAGCUGAUGACAACAGGAAAGAUUCUUAACACAGGACGAGGCGAUCUUUACCUGAAGGUGGACGAGCUGUUGCCUUAUAAGGAAUACAAGUUUAGAGUGAAGGCUGUCAGUCAGCUAGGGGAGGGGCCAUGGAGUGCUGAGGCGACAGUGCGGACUAAGCAAGAUGCUCCGAGUGCUCCACCUCAAAACGUCACCAUCUCCCAAUCAGAAGACGGUAAUCACACCAUCUCAUGGCAACCAAUCCCUGCCGAGCAAAGCAAUGGCAUCAUCAUGGCAUAUGAGAUCACGUGGAUACGGACAGCCAAUCAGAAGACGCGAGUGCGGCGAGCGGCAAUGUCAUCUGCUGUGACAAGUGACACGUCAUACACUCUGACAGACCUUCCUUCGUGCUACGUCUAUAAUGUCAGCGUUCGCGGAUUUACAGCGGCUGGACAAGGACCAUUCACUCGACCGAUACGACUCAACACAAACUAUUAUGGCAUACCAAAAAAGGUUUCUGUUAUCUGGACGAUGCACGAGGAGGCAGGGUUGAGCUGGACUAAGCCCGACCAGGAAGGACCUGGUAUAAUCAGUUACAAGAUUUAUGUGUCCGGCGUUAAACCCUAUGACCGGACAUUCAACCACUCACUGACGAUACAGCAGACAAGUAUCAUCACCGCGUCCACCCUGACACGCCUAGUCCCGGGAACACGAUACGAAUUCAGGGUACGAGCCAUGACGGAGUGUGGAGAGGGGAGAUAUAGCGAGCCUGUGAGCGCGGAUACGGCUAUCGACGACCCUCUGGCUCCAGAUGUAGGAGAUGUGCUAUUAGUGAAUGAGACAGAAGAAGGAAAGGCUAACAUUACUGUGUGGCCAGCGCGACAAAGGAAUGGGCCUAUUAGUUUUUACCAAGUUCUGGUGGUCUCGCAUGACGGAGAGUCCGUUAUCAGUUAUACAACCGCACAGCUUCCGUUCCUCGUUGUCGGAGAAGCAGGGCUGAACUUCACCCUUGGUGACGGACGCACAUACGAUGGCGUUACUAACACUCCGCUCGUCAAAGGGAGAACCUAUCGCAUAUAUGAACGCGCCAUGACCAAGACGUCAACGAAAACCUAUAUCGGAGAAGAAGCUUUGAUAGCCAACAUCACAACUGAAGAGUAUGUGACAAUCGCGCCUGCAGAACAGACCGGAGGCGGAGUUGGACCGGAAUUGAUAGUCUAUAUUCUAGUCCCUCUCGUCAUUAUUGUUCUGGUUGUCAUAGUGAUUGUUUGCUUGAAAAGGCGAAAAUCCUCAAAGAAGUCACAAGAUAUGGCUCUUUCAAGUAUGAAAUAUCGUCCGCGUAAGAAGAGCUCCCCAUAACACUAAUGGAGGCGAUCGCCCACCCCAUAGGGGUACUAACAAACACGCCCAAGCCCACAGACCUCUACCCUUCCGACCCUUGACGAUCAUCUAAGUGACAGCAAGCAUGACGCACAGCAAGAGAGGAGUAUACAUUGAAACCAAAUCCCCUGAUGAGUGGGCAACCACGAACCAGGCUUAUAAGGAUGGACCAGUAGUUUCCGUGUUUAACAUUGGAACCUUCAUAUAAUGGACAACUUAGGAACUGAAAAUGUGUGCGCUUAGAUGGUUUUAUUUGUAGAGUUUGACUAGGAAUUUUAAAUUGGGACUUAUGUAUUCUCUCCUAUUGCCAUAUACUUUUUAUUAUUCUUUAUACAAUCUACGCUGAAAACAAAUGGUUGUGGUCUAAAUGAAUAAAUAACGGAUCACUAAGCUACAGGA